UGAGAGGGGCUGGAAACAGGCCCAUCACAGCCUAUUCCAAAUUCUAACUCUCAGAUACCUAAAUAAUAACAUCUGGACAAUGUUUCACAGUUGACAAAGGGUUGCAUAUAAUAACCCCACUGUUAUCUCCAUUUUAGAAACUAGAAGUUCAAAGAGGGUAAGUAUGUGGCUCAUGGUCACACAGUAAGUAUGGCGGAAGCAGGAACUUAAAACUGGUUUUGGACUUUUUAUACAGUUACUUCAUCUUUGAAUUUCCUUUACUAAGCUUAUGUCUACUUCCCUCCCCAUCCUCACCCCACCCAAAAUGUAUAUACACAAACCUGUUAUGGAGCUGUGCACGUAGGCUAGUGGGGGAGUGGAGCUGGACUAGCAGCACAGCCUGCAGCAGGUGGAAGGUGGCAGUUCCUGCACAUACUCGGUACACAGCUCCAGAGCCACUGAGCACUGGGCAGUGAGGGUGGCCAAACAGAUGGACACACAAUCCUGAGGGCAUCUGGAUCUGGAGGGAGAGUGCAUGUGAGAAAUGGCAGGGCAAAUCAUCAUGUAUAGAGAGGUACCUGCUUCUCAGGGUAUAUCCAUUCACUUGUCCCUUAACCCCAAUCUGAAUCUUUUGUCUGAAGGUUUCUUCUUUUUCCCUUUCUCCUGUUGGAACCUGAACCCUCCCACUUACCCCAUGUGCCUUCCCCCAGACCCUUUCCACUACUGUCCUUGACAGCAGGAGGCAGCAGACUGCUGAGGACCCCACAUGGAGGAGGAUGUAGACCAGACGGCUACAAGUAGACUCUGUGACAAGGGGCCAUCUAGAAUGGCAGCAGCAGGAAUUCUCAGAAUCUGGUUCCAAGCUAUUUAGGAUUGCCUUCCACUGACAUCAAGUAGAGCUUUCAUCAUAAGAGCUGAUGCAGGCUUGAGCAGACCUUCCUAAAAGCCUAAGUCACACCUGGCCUCUCACCUUUCUGUAGACCUACAGAUCUGGUACUGGGAAGUGGGAGGAGAGGUUUAAUGAUCAGUAGUCUCAGGGGCAAAGAAACGGAAAGGCCUCAGAGGAGAAAGGGAAGGCCUGUCAUUUUUAUUGGCUCCUGUGGGUUUUCCUCCCCAGCUUCAGCUACCAUUCCCUUCCAUUUUUUUCAGAUAGUUCUUGCUCUGGGGACCUUUCAAGCCCCUCUGCCCAACUAUGCUCUCACCUGGUAGAAGGGAGGAUUCACCAUGACACUGCUGACUUCAGUGCGUUGUGCCAGGCGGAGAGAAGUGCUGGGGCCUGUAACAGCCUUUGCACCCACCAUCCUUGUCCCAGGGAUUAGGCACAGGUCCACCAGAUGGAAGGUAGAGGAGAAAGUAGCAGCUUUCUUUUGUCCUCAGCCAUGGGCUGCCACAGUGCUGGGGUGGUCACCCAGUCUAAGGCAGAAUGGGGAGGAACAGCAGGAAAAGAACACCGACCUCCAGGAUGUGGUAAAUGCAAAUAUCUCUCUAAAUCUACUUUCUCUCCAGGGCCUUUGGGCCACACAGGCAGUUCUCCCCAGAUUAGAGAGCAGUUUGCAAAUCUGGCCUCUAGUGGAUUAGCAUUCUUAAUUGGUUUAGGAUUAGACGUCAUCCAUCCUGGUUGAACAGAAUGGCGGGGGGGCGGGGGUGGAGUGGGUAGAAUCUAGGUGAACAGAAGGUAAGGAUGUCGGUUGGGAAGGGCUGGAGUGGUGACCGGCUAGGUGUGGGAGAGGGCCUUGCAUAAAACAACACUAGAACCCCCCCAAAGGAAGUCUGAGAGGCGACCGACUUUCCUGGCUGAAGUUUCUAGAACCCAGGACAUUAGUGAAGGUGUGGCCCGAGGCCUAGCCCCGCCUCAUCCUCUCCGGGCGGAAGUUUCGGGGCAGUUACCGGAAGUCUUCAUGAGGUGGGGCGGGGCCUGUGCAGCGGCACGGUGGGAUCGAUAUGGCUACCGAGGGGGAUGUGGAGCUGGAGUUGGAGACUGAGACCAGCGGCCCGGAGCGGCCUCCCGAGAAGCCACGGAAGCAUGACAGCGGUGCGGCGGACCUGGAGAGAGUCACCGACUACGCAGAGGAGAAGGAGAUCCAGAGUUCCAAUCUGGAGACGGCCAUGUCCGUGAUUGGAGACAGACGGUCCCGGGAGCAGAAAGCCAAACAGGAGCGGGAGAAGGAACUGGCCAAAGUCACCAUUAAGAAGGAAGAUCUGGAGCUGAUAAUGACAGAGAUGGAGAUCUCAAGAGCAGCAGCAGAACGGAGCUUGAGGGAACACAUGGGCAACGUGGUAGAGGCUCUUAUUGCCCUAACCAACUGAUUUGUGCUUUCUCAGACCCACUCACUGGAUUAUUUUAUUUCAAUAAAGAUGUAGCCGUUUUUUUUUUGCAGUUC